AUGCCUAAUGCUCUCAAUAGCAAUUGGACUUUUAAUGAUAAUUGUCAUUGUUUUGAAUGUAAUAAAUUUCGUGUCGAGAAUAAUUUUAGUUUAGAAUUCCGUGAGAUCUGUUUAUGUUGGCAAUGUACUUAUUACCGCAAUAAUAGAGGAAGGCCCCAUAAUUCAAGCACAAUAUCUCAGGCCGCUCUUUACCAUAAUGACGUAUAUUAUCCUCGGCAGCAAUUUCAAGUUGAAAAUACUCACGCGAACAAUAUGAAUGCACCAUAUCAAAACAUUACUCUGCAUCAAGAAGACCAAGCCAUGAUGCCUCAAAUGAUUCCUGCAAACCAUCCUCAACUUACUCGCCAAACUAGUUAUGAUAUUAUUUCUCCGGAUACUGAUUUCCAGCAUCAGCUUAAUUCCCAAUUUCAACCUCUUACUCGCCCACCAAUUUAUUAUGAACAAGAUCGUCAUGCAAGCAUGUACCCUUCUCAAGUAAUUAGUCGUAACCAAGAUUUUCAACCUCAACCAAAUCAACAUAGCUACGAACAAAAUCGUUCUACAAGCACUCCCCUUUCUCAAUUGACUGAACAGGUUUGUCCUGAAAACACGUCCCCCUAUCAAGAAUCGAGUGUUAGUAACAGCCAAAAUCCUCAAGAAAUGCAUGCUAACGCAACGGUUAUUAUUAACCCUUCUCGUGAAGGUUCGAAACUUCGUCUUUAUAUAGUUGGGCUCAUGUGUCUUAUUUUAUUAAUUUUAGCCGUAGCGAUUAUUAUCACCAUAAGUAGUCAAGUUAAAGUUUUACAAUCAAUUUUUGAUAAAAAUGGGGAUAACAAGAAAAACAAAAACAAAUCCAGGAAUGGCAUUCAUCAAGAAAGUUGUCAUAAUAGCUCAACAGAAGUAUUGUUAAAUAUUCAGCCUGACCCAGAAUUAGAAGAUUGUGAACAAUCUAAUUUAGAGAUAUCAAAUGCACUAAGUUAUUUAGGAUAA